CGCCACAUUCUGUAUUAAAUUGUUUUGCUUCAAUGACAAAAUGCAGACUCACCAUAACUGCUGCUCGCACUCCUAGCUUAUUGGUAUCAACCAAGUUGAAUGAGGCAAAUAUAAUUAAGAAAUUCCCCAACAUGGAUGCUUGUGCUGCAUUUGCUUAUGUUCUAAAUGCUGAGGCCACUAAGAAAUAUUUUGGCUCCAGAAGUUUGGCGCAGGAAACCAGAAUGGCCCGUUCACUUUUGCAUAAUCUUCUGGACGUUGUUCAAAAAUUGCAAAAGGCAAGGAUAGAGUCCAUAAAUUUUGUUGAUGCAACCUUUAUUUCUGCUUCUGUUGAGCGACUGGAUCUACAGCUUUCUUUUGUUAAUGUCAACAGCUAUACAAAGAUGAAUGUGAUGCUUGACAUGACUUGGUUGAAACAUGGGGUUUAUCCUUCCGACAUCAUCCCACACAGCAUACAAGUUUCCAGGACGAAGAAGUCUAAUUCAGAGGCACUCUCAGCUCAAGCGAAAGCUGCUGUCAAUAACCUUAGAGCUGGCUGUUUCCGAAUAUUAGGACUAUGCAGAUGUAUUUCUCAGGCGAUGAGCCAGUGACACAAGCGCAACCGAGUAGAACUUCAACCCUUCUCUUAAAAAAAGGUUCCCAUCCUUUCUAUAGGCCAUAGGAUCAUUUCAUUAUACACUGGUGAACGUCUAAUCUUUGCAUCCGCUUGAUGCUAUAUGAUAGAAAAUCAUUUCUGUUUUCUUCAGGCAGUAACUUUUAAAGGACUUAUUUUGUUAAUAUGAUUGUCUCCGUGUUUCUAGAGGCCUCUGGUAAAAAAGAGUGCACCUGGGGAGAAUUCUGGUCUGUGUAUUUCUAUGCUAUUAAGAAAGUGCAGCAGUAUUGUUAUUAUUUGUGGUGGACCAUUACGUUCAUGGCUUUCUCUCACUGGCCACUGAACAACUGGUGGGGUUGUUAUCGUUAAUUGGAGGGGACAUAAUUUGUCUCCACAGUUGUAUAAAUUGCUUGUGUCUGUGUUUAGG